AUGGUAUGUGGCCCUACACAUGUGAUAAAAAUCGUAUAUUACGUACGAAUUGGCUCUGCUGAAAGAGCAAAGUUGUGUGAACAGACAUCAGAUGACUCGAUUACACACAACACCCUCAGGUCAAAACCAGUACAAUUUUAUAAAUAUAGCUACUUCUGUGAAGCUACGGAAUCCAGGAGUUAA